CUCAUUCAUUGAAGUCCCCCAAUCGAACCCACCGAUCAGCAUUCCUCCCCCGCCCCGAUCGCCUUUGAACGCUCCUUUCUUUCCUUAUAAAAAGAAUCCAAUCCCGACUCGUCCUUCCCUCCCCUUCCCCCCUCCCCCGCCUUACCCAAUCGAGAGGCCAGCCCCCGUUGCUGGAUGUGAGACCUCUCUCUGGUCAAGAAAGAAUGCAGCAAAGUAAAGGCCUCGAGCCCUUUGAGAUCGGGAGAGCGAUUUCGCGCUCGCGCAGUACCAGCAUGUCGAGCGAUUCGACGUUUGCUCGCACCACCCUCCUCGCGCCGCCGCCAGCAUCUCCCCCUCCCUCCUUUGUCACCGCGGCGGCCGCGUCCCAGAUCGUCACCUCGGAUCAGGAGUUCAACACCGCCGAUUUCGUGGUCGACAAUGAGGAAAACCCUUCCGGCGCUUUAGUCACCUCCGAGGCCUUGGUCGCAUUGAAUGGGUUUCUCGAUCACUUACUCUAUAAUAUUCUCGCCGCCGGGAAAUCGGCACAGUUGGCGGCGCUCCGACCCGCGGUGGCCGAGGUGCUCAAGCCGCGACUGGCGAAGGAAGUCGUCUCCGCCGCGGACGACGAGUUGAGCGAAUACCUCGGGGGUCCCGAAGAUGAGCACCUGGAGUUCCGCGGGGGUCGCGCCCUGAGCGCAGACUUCGACAUUGUCCGGGCAUGGAAACUGACCCGCCUGCGCUGCAUGGUGUACACACGCUUGGGCGACAUGGAGGAGGACGACGAGGAGGAGUUCAUCGCGCAAGAGGGCCUGGGCGACGACGCGGGCGCCCCGCGACGCUUUGGAAACCACGUCGGCAACAUCACCCCGGCCGCCGCCAUCUUCUUGACCGCCAUCCUUGAAUACAUCGCGGAACAAGCGCUCGUGAUCGCGGGCGAGACGGCCCGCUCGCGACUGUCCGCGCAGCUCGAUGAAGCCCACGACGAUGCCGCGGCGGAGUCCGGCGCCCCGCGCGCCAGCAUCGACCGGCUCGUGGUGGCGGAUCAUGACAUGGAGAAGUUGGCCCUGAACCCGACGCUGGGCCGGCUCUGGCGCACCUGGCGCAAGCGCGUCCGGACGCCUACCUUGUCGCGCGCCAUCUCGAAGGAGUCGAUCCGACGCCGCACGAUGCAGGGUCCCAUGCCCGGGCUCCCCAAGUCCAGCGUCGCGGCCGGCGAGGAGGCGGCGCCCGACCCGGCCAUGAUCCCGUUACCUCUGGGGGACCGCGACGUGCAGGAAAUCGAAGGCUCCCGCGGAUCGCAUGACAUGGACCGGGGAGAGGUGGUGCAGGCGAUGGUGGCCCACAAGGUGCGGCCGCACAGUCUAAUGGUCCUCACUCUGCCACCCCGAUCGCCCUGUUCCAGUGGAAGUUCGCCCAUCACACCCAUGUCACAGGGUGGCCAGCCGAACCGACAUGUUCGAGCGCGCUCGCUCCCGAGCGCCGCCGAGGACGCGACCGAAGCCGCCGAACAACCCGCGGGGCGGUCGUCUCCCACGGCGUCCGAGGAGCGUCGGCGUCUGGAGACCAUGUACGAGCACGACGAGGAGGAUGCGGGGGGCGAGGAAUUCGCGGCCCCGAAGUCCACGGUCGCGAACCUGCGUGACGAGUCAACGACGGAGGCUAGCGCGGUUCCGGAGGCAGCCACAACGUCAUCGCUCUCCGGGGCGUCGGUUGAGGUGGUGACCAGUCAGGCCGGGUCGACCGACGCGUCGUCGGACGCGUUGAGCGAUCGAAUCCAGCCUGAGGUGGAGGCAGAAGUCAUCGAAGGCCACGGUCAGUGCGAAAAACCGAAGCUGGUUUCCAUGCAGCGGCCCAAGCGCAUGUCGACCUACUACCCAGCUCGACAAGAUGAGACGUCGAGUGGCCGCCCGGAGCGAUUGAUGCAGACGGUGAUCGAGAUCCAACCCGCGACGCAAGGGGCGGCCGUCGAUCGCGGCGCUUCCCAGACGCCCGAUACCGAUCUAUAUGUCACCGAUUCGUCCGCCCCGCCCACCGCCCAAUCCACCACCAGCGAGGUGUCGCUGGGCCAAUUUCCCCGACCGCUAUCAUUGGAAUCUUCCGACCGCCCGCGGACCCGACCCAAGCCCGCCCCUCUCGCUUUGGAAUCGCACCACCCAUCCGGUCGCUCGAGUCCAUCCGUCGCCAGCUCCCGGACGGAGCGGGCUGCCGUUCAGCGAGUGCCUGUGCGCCAGUCUCCCGCCCCGUCCACGACCGGUCCCGCCAAGCUGAGUCGAUCCACCAGUGUCAGCAGUAGCCGCGAGAAGCGGCCGCUGACGGCGGAAUCGUCCAGCUCCCAGCGGUCGAACCGCCUGAGGGGACUAAGCUCGCUUCGUGCGCGAACUUCCUCCGACACGAGCCGAUUCUCCGAGACGAGCAAGCACUCCACGAACGACGCCGAGUUAGACGACCUGAUCCGCAGUGACGAGACCAUCCAUUAUACCCUGACCCCCAAGAGCGUGAGAGAGAUGGAACUCCCCGACUUUACGCCUCGGCGGCAACCUCAGCGAUCGACCACGGCCGACCUCGCCGAUUUCCUCAAGACUACUGCUCCUCCCGGCGAGGCGGUGCCACGACCGAUGACCUCCAAGUCGUCCGAGGGGCCCAAGCAUACGCCCAUCAUGCCCCGGGUGCCUUCGCAGUCAAGGCCGGGCGCCCCCGGGCGGGAAGCGAAGGCCGGUCCUUCAUCGUCGACCCGUGACUCUGCCAACUUCAAAUCGGCGGGGCCGGAUGCUCCAGCUAGCCCGAGCAGUGGCCGGACCAGUUUCAAGAUGAAGUCGAACAAACUGCGCCGAUUCUCCGACGCCACGGAACUAUCGCGGAAGCUCUCUUCUCGCCCGGCCAGCGCGACGUCGAACGCAACCGCGCGUGCUCCCGGCCCCAAGCUGCAAGCCCGCUCCGCGGCGACCUCCAAGGGGGACGAGACAUCCGACCUGAUCGACUUUAUCCGCGAGGGCCCGCCCACGUCGGGAGCGCAUCGCAUCCCGCGCACCGUCGCACCGUUCCGGGAUACCAUGGAUUCGGACGACUUGCAGUCCCUGGAGCACGGCGCCGCCGACCCGGGUCACUCGUUUGCAACCAGUACCCGAGCGAACUCGAUGGUUGCCCCAUCCACGGCCUCCACCGGGUCGCGUACGGGACUCGUGGAAUCCUCCAACCGGACCACGACCCAGAGCGGUCCGCCCAAGCGGUAUAGUAUCAUGCCGGUCGGGCAAGCGAUCUCCGAAGACAACCCGUUCCCCCUGCGCACCCAGCGACGGGUGCGAGACCCCUACGCGAUUGACCUGAGCGACGAGGACGAAGAGCUCGAAGAGCUCCUGAUGGAGGGCGCGAAGCCCCCGCCCCAGGAAGAAAGCCUGGCUGACUUCCUGCGCAAUGCGCCACCUCCCGUGGAUAGCGCUCCGCAGCCGCUGCUUAUCAACACCAACACCGCUCCCCCCAAGAGCUCCGGUGGGAUGUCCAGUGCGUCGAGUAUGAGAUCCCGCAUCCUCCGCAGUGGCCCGACCGCAAAGCCGUCCCGAUCCUCCCUUCGUCAACAGCCACCCGAGCCCGUACCCGCUCCAGCCACCUACGCGACCAAGGUGGGCAUGGAGCGAAACGCGGGGUUGUCCACCGUGUCGGAACGAAAGACCGAGACCGGUGGGUUGGCCGACUUCCUCCGGAACACCGGGCCCCCGGAGCCGCCUGCGAAUCGCGCGUCGACCUAUGGUGGCCGCAGCAAGGACUCGUCCUCGAGCAGCCUCUCGCGGUUCCUGUCGCGCCGCAAGAAGGUUGAAGCCUAAAAGACGGGCAUACAUCCUUUGAGUGGGCUGUUGUUUUGUUGAUCGCGUCCUCCGUUUUCGAACCCAAAAUCGCUAUGUGUAUCUUUCAGCGUUCUGAGCCGUAUGAUGAUCUCACUGCUCUUAUUUGAUUUGAUUUAUUUCCCGAUAUAAUUCUCUCCUUCAUACUCUGAUCUCCCCCUUUUAUUUAUUGAUACUCCUUUUCUAUUUUCAUACAUACCCGACUCGAUUAUGAUUUCGUUCGUUAUGUAUCUAUUACAUUGAUACCUUAUUCUCUUCUCUGUUAUUUUUGUUGCUUUGCUUUUGAAUGAAAUAGGUCUGGAGCUGGGUAGGGGUACAGAUUGGUGAUGGAUAUGGGCGGAAUCCUCCAGAUUUGGUUACUUUAUCUCUACUGUUUAUGACGAAAUUCGCCUUGGCGAUUAGGAUGUAACUUUCAAUAAGAUAUGAUAUUUACAUAAA